AUGAAUUUGGAUUCGAAAACUGAAUUGGAAGUGCACAGGCAAUUUCGACAUGUAGCAAUUGCUGCGGUGACUUUAGCAAUAUUUUCCGUUUCAUUGGCAAUCUUAACAGUACCACUGCUCUACAGUUAUGCUCAUCAUUUGCAUUCGAAAGUUCUGGAUGGAGCAGACUUUUGUAAAAUGAGUUCUCGAGAUAUGUUGUCCGAAAUGUACGCUCUUCGGAAUCAGCGUCAGACAAGAAGACGUGAGAAACGUGGCUGGUUGUUUGGACAAUGGCGUGAUGAUGGUAUCGGUGAUGCAGGUGGAAAUGGCGCUUAUGGUGCUCCUGCAGCAGCGCCCGUAUUCGAACCGCCAUCACCACCACCACAGGUAGAUAAGGAAGUAGUAAUACAUAUGAUGCGUUGCAUGUGUCAACAUGGACCACCCGGACCACCAGGACCGCCGGGAAAUGAUGGCAAGGAUGGUAGGGAUGGACAAGGUGGAAAGCAUGGGAAUUCUGGUAGAAAUGGUAAUGUAAUGCCAUAUGAUGGUUUGAAGAAGGAACCUUGUAUAAUUUGUAUGCCUGGUCCACCUGGACCACCAGGACAACCUGGCAAUAAAGGACCGCCAGGACCGCGCGGUGAAUCGGGACAACCAGGUCAUGAUGGGAAAAAAGGAACCCGAGGCAUGAUUGGGCAGCCUGGUUCGGUGGGGAAAACAGGUGAACCAGGGCCUAGGGGUAAAAAAGGAGAAGAUGGAAAAAUUAUUAAAUUAGAAGGACCUGUUGGUAUUGAAGGACCCCCAGGACCAGUUGGACAACCUGGUAUGAAAGGACCAAAAGGGAAUCGUGGACAGACUAUUCCUGGACCACAGGGAGCAAUGGGCGAGAGUGGAAGAAAAGGUAAAAGUGGGAAAAAAGGACCACGAGGAUUACCAGGGCCGAGCGGCUUACAUGGUAGUGAUGGUGGUUGCGGCCAUUGUCCACCACCACGAACUGCAACCGGCUAUUGA